AUGAAACCUACUAGCAUCAAUCUAUUCAAGGAGUCCCCUAUAUCUCUUUUAACCAGGCCAUGGAAAAAGUACAGAGAUGGGACUUUAUUUUAUGGUCAAUCCAAGUCCGGUAAUCGUCGUACUGCUUUGACCACAAAGCAAGGUAAUAAAACCAUGUAUAAGGGUACUCGUUCAUCCGGUAUUGGUAAACAUACAAGGUACGGUGGCUAUACCAUUCAAUGGAACAAAGUGCGUACUUUUGUGACUCCACAGGACUAUAAUGUUGAACUAAAACCUCUGGUCAGCCAUAAUGUGCCGGAGCUUAGACAUAAUUUCAAGGGCUUUCAGAAAGGUAUUUUAGAUUCCAGACUAUAUUUUGAUAAACUUAGAGAGUAUGUGAAAAAUGGAAAGGCUCAAAGCGAUGGUUCCGAUGUAAAUUGCUAUAUUGAGAGGGGUUAA